CUGGACAAGGGGGACGUGACCGCGCUCAGCCUGCCCUCCUCCGCCGGGCACAGUGACGCCGACGGCACCGUCUGCCUGGACAUCCCCGAUGGCACCCCUGACCCUCACAGGACAAAAGCUGCCAUCGAGCACCUACACCAGAAGAUCCUUAAGAUCACCGAGCAGAUCAAGAUCGAGCAGGAGGCUCGGGAUGACAACGUGGCCGAGUACCUGAAGCUGGCCAACAACGCGGACAAGCAGCAAGCCUCCCGCAUCAAGCAGGUUUUCGAGAAGAAGAACCAGAAGUCGGCGCAGACCAUUGCGCAGCUGCACAAGAAGCUGGAGCACUACCACAAGAAGCUGAAGGAGAUCGAGCAGAAUGGUCCUUCCCGGCAGCCCAAGGAUGUCUUCCGGGACAUGCAUCAGGGUCUCAAGGAUGUGGGUGCCAACGUUCGCUCCAGCAUCAGUGGUUUCGGUGGCGGCGUGGUGGAGGGUGUCAAGGGAGGGCUCUCGGGUCUGUCCCAGGCCACCCACACCGCCGUGGUCUCCAAGCCCCGGGAGUUCGCCAGCCUCAUCCGGAACAAAUUCGGUAGCGCAGACAACAUCGCCCACCUGAAGGACACGCUGGAUGAUGGGCACCCGGAGGAGGCUUCACGGGCUCUCAGCGGCAGUGCCACCCUGGUCUCCAGCCCCAAGUAUGGCAGCGACGACGAGUGCUCCAGUGCCACCUCUGGCUCGGCUGGUGGCAGCAUUUUUUUCUUGGGGAGCCCCAAGUCCAACACGCUGGACAGCCACCACAAUAACUUCGACACCAUCCUGGAGGAGCUCCGGGAGAUCAAGGACAGCCAGUCGCACCUGGAGGACUCCAUGGAGGACCUCAAGGCCCAGCUGCAGCGGGAUUACACCUACAUGACCCAGUGCUUGCAAGAGGAGCGGUACAGGUACGAGCGCCUGGAGGAACAGCUGAAUGACCUCACCGAGCUGCACCAGAAUGAAAUGACCAACCUGAAGCAGGAGCUGGCCAGCAUGGAGGAGAAGGUGGCCUACCAGUCCUACGAGAGGGCACGGGACAUCCAGGAGGCGGUAGAGUCCUGCCUGACGCGGGUGACCAAGCUGGAGCUGCAGCAGCAGCAGCAGCAAGUGGUACAGCUGGAAGGGGUGGAGAACGCCAACGCCCGGGCACUGCUGGGCAAGUUCAUCAACGUUAUCCUGGCCCUGAUGGCCGUGCUGCUCGUCUUCGUCUCCACCAUCGCCAACUUCAUCACCCCGCUCAUGAAGACCCGCAUGCGCAUCCUCAGCACUGCCCUGCUUGUCCUCUUCCUCUUCCUCCUUUGGAAGCACUGGGACUCCAUCACCUACUUUCUGGAGCACGUCCUGCUCCCCAGCUGAUCCGCAGCCCGGCCGCUGUGGCCCCGGGGGCUUUCCAUUUCCCACAGAGGAGAGGGCCGGGGAGAAGGUGGUCCAAAGCCUUCGGAUUGUUUCUUCACACGCUUGGUUCGGUUGCUUUCC